AAACACACAUAGAAGUAGAUAUGAUAUAUAAGGACAAUUUAGUUUGAUAGUCAUUGAGAUUUAAAAUGUAUAGUCUAGAGGACCAAAAAAAGACACUAAAAUGCCUUUUUUAAAUUUAGCAUCUGUACAAUGAAAACAAAAACAGUCAGCACAGAUAUUUUUUAUAACAAAAGUUGCUGAUGUUUGAUGAUUUUGCGCACACUUCCCAUUCUAAAACAUGUUUUUGCAUCCUUUUACACUGUACUUUCCUUAUAAGGCUCCUUAGAGUUUAGUUUUUAUUUGUGGUGUCAUGUGGUGUAAGCAUGUGUUGUGAUGUAUGUACCAGGAGCGCAGUGUUAUCUGUUUGGUUCUCAUGUUGGUCUCAUGAGUCAGUGGGCAUGUGUUCAGUACCAAGUACUCAGAGUCAUAGGAUUGUGUGUGUAUAAAUAGUGUGUGUACUCAGUGCCCAGUUCAAUAUGAAACUGAAAAGUUCUGCUGUGAUGUUAAGAUAAUUUUUAUUCAAACCUCUUUUUAUUUAUUGACAACAUGAUGAUAACAUUAAGACAUCAGUUUCUUUCUCUGGUCUUUCUCAGAGUAAGGAGCAGUAUAAAGACGCUCUGGUUGUGUUAUUCUACCCCGACUCCUCAGACUGCACGUCACCUGCUUGCUCUACUCGCUCUCUGUCUCUCGAUGGCCGUGGUUACCGCCGGUCUACUUUUCCACUGGCUUACAGGUUUUCUGAAAUAUGAGCUUCAGACUGCAUGGGUCGCCGUUUGCAUCUACGGUGCAUCUGUGUUUAUUUUGUCAUCUUUAAUCCAUCCAUUCCGAUGUGCCUUAACGUUGAUUUUUCCCACACUGGGCACCAGACAGGGCCGUAAACUGCUCUUGUCCACGUCUGUCAUGAUUGUAAUGCUUUACGUCCUUCCCAACAUGGCUGCCAACAUCUCAACUCUAACGCAAAUUGUGAAAUGUGCCUCAGAAAAGCUUUCUCAAAGUCUCCUUAGCAGCUCGGAUCUCAUUAACACCAUCAAGGACGACAUAGUCCAAACAGCUGAGGAGAGCACUGCAAUAACACAUUUGUUACCAACACUGCGUGACUUUAAUCACACUACAAAUAUAAAUGUUUCAGAAGUGAAAAAUAGAUUGCAUUUCUUAAGCAAACAGGUGCAGGAGGAUUUCUCUGAAGUCAAAAAUCAAGUACAGGAUCUAAAACUGCUGGCCAGCAGAAUCUUUGCUGCGUUUUUUGUUUUGUAUUUGUUCGCAGAGUCUGCCAUUUACCUUCGCUCCUAUUUGACUUCAGUGAGAUUUGACAACACGUACAUCACAGGUGGCCUAAGGACGAAGGCUGCAGUCAAAGGCAUCCCUGUAGAAGCAAAGGACCUGAAGAAUGCUGUUAACUCUACCAGUUUAAGAAUGACUAAAAGAGAACUUUGCAGAUGUUUGAUUCCUGCUUUGGUGAUCACUUUAUAUCUACUAAUGACAAUUUUUCUGAUCAUAUUAGACCAUUUAUUGUAUUAUUUUGUGAAAUCUGGUGGAUCAUGGAUUUCAAACAUUCCAUCAACCAACAUUAGCAUCGAUGUCCAUUUCAAGGUUGGGACUAAACUGCCCAUAUGUCACAUUGUAAACUUAAACUGUCAAUCAGAGUUUAACCUGGACAGAUCGUACAAAGCCCUCAUUCACACUCCAAGCGCUUGUGAAGCCCAGCCCAGUGAGCCGAACCCAGCGGCUGUGACUGCGCUGGUCUUCCUGUAUCUGUUUACCUAUACCCUAGUGCUCAUGGAGGUCUAUGCGCAACGCCUUAGGAGGAAAAUAGCCGCUUCUUUCUUUCAGCAACAGGAGGAGAGAAGGCUGGAAUUCCUUAUUAAGAAAAUUCAAGCCAAACACAAUGAAAGGCAAAAUAAAGUUUUCUUUAUCACUCACCAGGAAUGAAGAUACCAAGAAGCAGAUCUCUUAAAUGGAAAAAGAAAAAAUGCUCAAAUCAGAUUUGUUAAUAAUGCACUUUAUAUUAUUUAUGAACUGUAUAUCUGUACUGUCAUAACAAAUACAUUGGGGCCAAAGUCUGACAUCACCAAUUACAAUGCAUUUUAUUAAGUAAGUACUUAUAUUUUAUUAAAAUUAUAUUAUCUUUUUAAUAAUUUUGAAGAGUUAUAGGAACAUUUAUAUAUCCAAUGUCACAAAUUUGCUUAAAAACAGCACAGAAUCUCUUUUCUGAAAGAAAUCUAAAAUUUUCUUUGUUUAAAAAUGUUUUAAAACCUUAA